CCUUGGCUCAGCUGACUGUUGACGCCGCUAGUGUCACAGUGGAUGAACAUGGCGGAUAUUACAAGCAAAGUUGAAGCAGAACUGGAAAACGAGACUAGACAACGGUUCAUAAAUGAAUAUUUGCAAGACAAAAGAGACAAAUAUGAUUCUAGAGAUGUGGAGAGGCUGCAGAAGGAUGAUGCUCUGGCAGGUUGUUACCUGCAGUGGAGAUUGCAAAAUGUGGAUGAUGCUUUAAAGAUGAUUGAUGAAAGUUUUCAAUGGAGAAAAGAAUUCAGAGUAAACGAUCUAACUGAGAGUAGCAUUCCCAGGUGGAUGUUUGAGACUGGUGCAGUUUAUCUUCAUGGGUAUGAUAAAGAAGGGAACAAAUUAUUUUGGUUUAGGGUGAAGCUGCAUGUAAAAGAUGCAAAGGCUGUUCUGGACAAAAAGAGAUACGUGGCCUUUUGGUUGGAGCGCUAUGCUAAAAGGGAACCUGGAAUGCCGUUGACGGUGGUAUUUGACAUGACUGAUUCUGGACUGAGCAACAUUGAUAUGGACUUUGUGAAAUACAUCAUCAACUGUUUCAAGGUGUAUUAUCCUAAAUUUCUUUCAAAAAUGAUCCUGUAUGAAAUGCCAUGGAUCAUGAGUGCUGCCUGGAGGAUCGUAAAGACUUGGCUAGGCCCAGAAGCCAUUAGCAAGUUGAAGUUUGUAGGCAAGAAUGAAGUGCAAGAAUACAUUGAUGCUGAGCAUCUCCCUACACAUAUGGGAGGCACUGAUACCUUUAAGUAUAGCUACCCUCCUCUGCCAGACGAUGAUUUUCAAACUCCCAUAUGUGAAAAUGGACCUAUUGUUAGUGAAGACGAAACGGAAAGUAAAGAAGACGCAGAGUCAGAAAGCAAGGACACCCUAGACUCCAGUCAGAAUGAAGAACAAAUCCAGAAGUCUAAAAAGGUAAACUUUCUAGAAGAAAGCCUAAAAGUAGAUGAAUGCGACAAAGUAGAUAGCACAAGCAGAACAAAAACAGCCAAGAAACAUGUAACAGUAUUCAAAGGACCACUACUUCAUAUAAGCCCUGCAGAAGAACUUCAUUUUGGAAUAAAGGACUGUGAAAGGAAAAGCCUGAUAGUUCUUAACAAUGUGACCAAAAAUCUAGUUGCCUUUAAGGUGAGGACAACAGCCCCGGAGAAAUACAGAGUGAAGCCCAGUAACAGCAGCUUUGAGCCGGGUACUUCCUUAGACAUUAUUGUGUCCCUUCAUGGAGGAUUUGAAGCUUCUCCUCAGGACCGGUUCCUGGUAAUGGCAGCUGAAAUGGACCAAAGUACAGGAGCUGGCACUCUUGAUCUGCCCCAGUUUUGGAAGGAAGUACCAAAAACCAAAGUCAUGGAACAUAGGCUAAGAUGUCAUGUUACUGAAAGCAGUAAACCUAUGAGUUUGUUACUGGAUGAAAACCCUCUACACAGCAACAUCAAAAACAACCAGGAAGACCUGCAUUCAAAGAUCAUCAGGCUGUUGGCAAGCAAUAAACGAUGUGAAGAACAGAUUGAUGAGUGUCUGUGGUUUCAGAAGAUGUUGAUGGGUUUGGUGUCCUUGCUAAUGGCUAUUACGUGUUCAGCUUUGUAUCUUCUUUACACAGACAGGAGUCGAUUGUAAGAAGGCUGUCUUUCUAAAUCACAGAUUACUUGCUACGUGUAUGCAGACGGUCCUAAAUAAUAGGUACUAUUUUCAGCAAAUAGCCAAAACGAAGAACCUUUAUACUGUGUGUAGACCAAAAUAAUGAAGCCUAUGGUAUGCGAUUAUGAGAUGAGUGAUUGCAGGCGCAUCUAAGGAACCCUGCCAUUGUUUAUUGCUGUGAAACUUGGUAAAUAAGGAUUGAUUUACUGUGUGCAGAUGCACAAGAAGAAACACUGGAAAUAAUGUAUAUAUUAAUAAUUAAGACUCAGGAUUAAAAAGGUUUAAACUAUCCAAUGUUUGCCUGCUAUUUAUUUUAAAUGUAUUAAAAGAAAUUCUGGAUUCCAGGUUGGGUGCCAUUUUGGUAUAUGGAUAUCAAUGCCCUCCAUAUAUUAAAGCCUGUUUGUAUUCUUCCUUUACGUUAAUGUGCCAUCUUUGUUAGGGGCAAACAGCACGUGGGCUAUGGAAAUAAACAGGAAUAGAUAACCUUAAAAAAGCCUAGACUGAUUUACUUACCAAACGUUGUUAUUUUGUGUGGACCAUACUUAUUAUUUUUCCAUGUCACUGUUCCUUUUUGUCAUUCUAAGUUAUUGCGUCUUUUUGGUUUUUGUGUUUUUCGUUAUAGUUGUCCUAUACUAUACAGUAUGUCAAUCAGAUCAUUACAGAAAUGUACUGUAGUCUGUACAUUGUGUGUUUUUUUGUUUAUCCAAAAUGUGUCAAAUCCGAACUAAUUCCAAAUAAUAAUGUAUACCAGCUUUAAAUAAUAUGUUAGUAAAUGUGUUACAGUUUUCAGUUGCAUCUGAUAAACUACUAUAUGUUUUUUUUUUUUUUUUCAUGCCAGCACUAUUGUUUCAGCUGUUGUCUUUUA